UUUAAAAAUUGAAUCCUUCGCGGGCUGGAAGUCAGUCAGCAUGUCUGAAGUUGUGCAUCCACCAGAAAGCGUCUACAACCUUAUACCAAGGGAUGAGGUUCAUACUCAAAAACCGCCGAGGUAUAUAUCCAAGUUUAGACCGACAGUUAUUCUUGAGAAAAAGUUAGCCAAGGAUGCAAUGAGAACGAUGGGACCAGCAAAAGUAGAGGUGCCCUCCCCAGAGAAAUACCUCAAGAAGCAUUCAAAAGAACCUAAACUGCUGGAAAGUGAGUAUUUCUAUAGACAAUAUGGCCAACGCAUUAGAGCAAAACCGGCUGUUCCUGCACGGACAGACAACCCACCUAUGGGCAUUCAUACCAAGAGAGACUUUAUAAAGACAACUGCAAUGGUUCCAAUGAAGCCACAGCCGACCUCUGUCGACACCAACAAGGGACACAAGCAGCGCCUUGAAACUUCAGGACUUGUCCCCAAGUACAUCAAAAAAAAGGAUUAUGGAGAAGUACCUGAGUAUCUUCUGCAGCGCAACGAAGAAGAGCGGAGAGCUCAGGAGGAGUACAACAACUUUGUGAAAGAACAGAAGGAGCAGGCAGCCAUGAAACACCUGUCUGACGAGGAACGACAAGCUGUCCUGGAGGGCCUGAAGAAGAACUGGGAUAAGCUGCAUCAUGAGUACCAGGGCCUCUCUCUUGUCACCGACACCAAGUCAAAGAAAGCCCACAAGGAGCGGCUUGAAGUGGCGAUGAAUCAGCUGGAGAACGACAUAAGCUUCUUUGAGAGGUUCAAAACCAUCUACAUACCCAAUAACUAG